AUGCCACCUCCACUCCCCUCCGACCGCCGCGGCAUGACCGCAAACCCUCUCAAACCCGUCGGUCGCUAUCGCCCAGGCAAGCCAGUUGCAGCUGAGGAGUCAUCUUCAGAAGAGGAGGAAGACGAUGCCGAAGCGCAACAAGAACAAGAGCGGCGCAGACAAGCAGAAGCACAACGACGGAAACAACGAGCACCUGCUGCAAGCUCUUUCCCUGCGGGCGCGGCUGGAAAGAUUGCGAAGGGUGUUCAAAAUGUGAGGAUAGAGGAGGAUGAGGAUGAAGAAGGGUUUGUGACCGAUGAGGAAGAAGAUGAACCUGCGCGCCCAUCGGGGCCAGCCAAGACUACGCCACAAGUUGCGACUGGAAUGGGAGAAACAACAGUACAGAAGGCUGCUCCAGUGUCGGGGCCGGAAGCAAGCGACGAAGAAGAGGAAGAGGAGGAAGAGAGCUCGGAAGAGGAAAGCAGCUCUGAGGACGAGGCGCCGCGGAGGGUGUUGUUACGGCCUACUUUCAUAAAAAAGGACAAGCGGGGAAACGCAGAAGCGCAAGCAACCGACAAGACGCAAGCACCGGCUGGCGGCGCAGAUUCGACUGCAGACGAGGUACGUCGAGCUCAGCGACAGGAGAAAGCAGACAAUUUGGUACGGGAUCAGUUGGAAAAGGACGCAAUUGCGCGCUCAGCAGCACACAGGGCUUGGGAUGAUGACGAACUCGUGGAAGCCGACGAAGAAGGGGCCAUCGACGACCGCGACGGGGCGGACCCGGAGGCGGAGUACGCAGCAUGGAAGCUACGGGAACUGAAACGACUCAAGCGUGAGCGUGAAACCAUCGAAGAGGCUGAGAAGGAGCGCGAGGAGGUCGAGCGGCGCCGCAAUCUGACGGCCGAAGAGCGGGAUCGUGAGGACCGCGAGUUCCUGGCCAAGCAGCAAGAAGAGCGCGAGGCCAACCGCGGCCAGACUGGUUUCAUGCAGCGCUACUUCCACAAGGGCGCUUUCUUCCGCGACGAUCAGGAGCGGGAGGGCUUGGACCAGCGCAAUCUCAUGGGCCGGAGCUUUGUGGAUGAUGUCAACCGCGAGACCCUACCGCAGUACAUGCAGGUCCGUGAUAUGACCAAGCUCGGCAAGAAAGGUCGGACUCGCUACCGAGACCUCAAAAGCGAAGAUACCGGCCGCUUUGGCGAUGGCUUUGAUCACCGGUCUCGGGGUCGUCGCGACGGCCCUCCCGUUGGAAUUACAGACGAGCGAUUCAUGCCUGAUCGUGGAGACGAUCGAGGUUCGGGACCUACGGGGCCGACCGGUGCCAAUGCCAGUGUCGUGCGGUCGAGACGCAGGUCGAGGUCGAGAUCUCGCUCUCCUCGGCAGGAUCGUUACGAACGAAGCCGGUCCAGAGAACGGACGCGGCCGGACCAGGGCAGUCACCGCAAGCGAAGUCCAUCGCCCUACGAGGACCGGGAGAAACGGCGGCGAGUAGAGCCCGCUUCAUGA